UCGUCAUUCUGUGUUGCAAGCCGGUGCCGAUUUCCUUGUUUGCUGCGCUCGCCCGCGCUGGUUUUUUUUUUUUCCCCUUUUUCUUUCCCCCUCCCGGCACGGCGAGCCUAGUGAGUGAGUCCACCCCCUCGGCUUACGUCGGUGCUGUGGCGUCGGUUCGGCAGCCCCCACCUUCUCUCCCCCCCCCCCAGCUCCCGGCCGCCUCCACGAAGGAGUGAGCUACAGUCCGGGCCUGGGCAGCUGGGUGGCCGGACGUGUCUCCGAUUCUUCGAUCGGGAGCUGCCUAGGAAGUGUCGCUGGAGGAGGGCUGAAUUUGGAAUGCAGCUGACAAGACACAAAAGAUCUUAUGAUGCCUAAAAGAAAAAAAAGAGAAUUUGAAAAGCAUUAGAUUGAGAAAUCAUUUAUUUUUCAGAUUCAAUGGCAAACACAAGUGGUUGUUCCAUUUCUUGACAUACAUAUGUCUGGGAUCAUGGAUUUGCUCAAAUUUACUCUGCAAACUUUAUUCAAAAAAUAAUAUUUGCCUCCUAAUCUUUGAUUAUACUCACUGGUUGCAAUAAUGGCCAGCAAAAGGAAAUCCACAACACCUUGCAUGAUACCAGCAAAAAUGUUGGCACCACAGAAAUCCACUUCUGUUGCAGUAAAUCAUGAAGGAACUCAUCAAACAUUGGUUCCCAGUACUCUUCCUAAUUGUGAUACCACUGUUGAUAAUCAGGGUAGUGGGACCUUGUCCAAUGGACACAAUGGAAUUAUAGACAGCACUUCUUAUAGAUGCACAGGUUGCAAUUUCACUACUCAAGAAAUUAAUCCAUUCCUUAAUCACCUUGAUUCUGAGCACAUAGACUUUAGUAAAGACCCCUCUUUUUUGUGUGUGAAAUGUAAUGUCUUGGUAAAGAGCCAUGAUGAUCUUUCUCAUCACAAUGCAGAGCACCAUGUUGGAGAAAGAAACUUAAUCUGGAAUGUAGUGAAGCAAGCUAACCACAUGAUUGUGGAACAGACUACUGGAAAUAUCAUCAGUGGUAGUCAGGACCACUUGGGGGAUAUUCCUGAGGAGAAUCAGGAGAGUCAAGCUGAAAUUAUUAUUACCAAAACGCCCAUUAUGAAGAUAAUGAAAACAAAAUCAGAAGUUAAAAAAAUCCAUACACUGAAAGAAAAUAUGUCUAGUAAAUCAGUCAAAGAUAUAGAGACAAAAGGUGAACUGUCAUUUACCAAUGGAUCACAAUCUGGCAAAUCAACCACCAUUGUCAAUGGAUCAGUAGUUGGAAAUGUACCUAUUUUACAAGCAGGCAUAACACAACUUGUGCAACUGCAACAGCAAGCACAAGUUCACCAGCACCUACCGACAUCAAAAUCCCUCCCUAAGGUAAUGAUUCCCUUGAGUAGUAUUCCAACUUACAAUGCCGCAAUGGAUUCUAACAGUUUUCUUAAAAACUCAUUUCAUAAGUUCCCCUACCCUACCAAAGCUGAACUUUGCUACUUGACUGUGGUGACGAAGUAUCCAGAAGAGCAGCUGAAAAUCUGGUUUACAGCCCAGAGGUUGAAACAGGGUAUUAGCUGGUCACCUGAGGAGAUAGAAGAUGCACGGAAAAAAAUGUUUAACACUGUGAUUCAGUCUGUUCCCCAAUCCACUAUUACAGUGUUGAAUACACCUUUGGUUGCAAGUCCUAGUAGUGUUCAGCAUCUCAUUCAGGCCAGUUUGCCUGGUCAUUCAGUUGGAAAGCCUGAAGGAACAAGUGGCAUGCUGGUCACCCAACCAAUAAUAACAAAUGGACUUCAGGGAGCAACUUCAUCUCAUGCAAUAGGUUUAACCUCCAUUCCAAAGACCCAGAUAGCUAAACCUCCAACCACUGUGUCAGUUUCCAGUAUUGCAUCAACUGUGAAUGUAGUUAGUGCUGCUCAGUCACAACUUUCAGCUUGCCCAAAUAUCUCUUCACAAGCAUUCUUAGAUCCUAACUUAUUAAAAAAUAAGAAGUCUUAUGAACAGCUGUCUGCACUGAAAGAUAGUUUCUGUAGGAAUCAGUUCCCUGGCCAAGCUGAAGUUGACCGUCUGACAAAAAUCACAGGACUUAGCACUAGGGAAGUUCGAAAGUGGUUUAGUGAUAGGAGGUAUCACUGGAAAAAUAUUAGAGGCAACAAAUCUGUGCUUGGUGGGGAUAGCACAAUAAUAAUAGACUCUGUACCCGAAAUCACUUUUACCACUUCACCAAAAACAACCACAGAGGUAACUUCCACAUCAGCAGCAACACCUGUUCACACACCAGCACGUCGGCAAUCUUGGCAUCAGACCCCUGAUUUCUCCUCUGUGAAAUAUAAGGAGAGGGCCCCAGAACAACUCAGAGUUUUGGAAAGCAGCUUUGCACAAAAUCCCUUCCCUUUAGAGGAGGAAGUAGACCGUCUGAGAAGCGAAACUAAAAUGACAAGGAGAGAGAUUGACAGCUGGUUCUCGGAGCAAAGGAAAAAAGCAGACAAAGAAAGAAAACAACCAGCAGAGGAAGAUGCUGAGGAUGAGUCCGUAGAAGAGGAGGAGGAUUUGGAUGAAAAUGGUUCCUUGGAUGAAGCUGGAAGUUCUCAACUUCCAGGUGAACGUAAAGUGACCCCAAUAAAAAUCAACCUUAGAAACUUUAAGGUGACAGAAUCAGAGGGGAAAAGUGAGUUGGCAGCGUCGGGUGCCCAAGCAACAACAGAGAGUUCUGCUAGCAGGGCACAGAAACCUAGGCUCUGCUUUAAAAAGACUGCUCAGCAGAGGCAUUUGCUUAAACAGCUGUUUGUAAAGACCCAGCGUCCUACUAAUGAACAGUAUGACCAAAUAUGUUGUCAGACUGGACUUCCCAGGGUUGAAGUAAUUCGCUGGUUUGGAGAUAGCCGCUAUGGUUUAAAAAAUGGAAAUCUGAGGUGGUAUGAAAACUACAAAAAGGGUAUUUUCCCCAAAGGGCUACCGAUUUCCAGUGAAGUCAGCCAGGAGGUCCUCCAAGACUAUUUUCAAAAGAACAAGGUUUUAUAUGAAGAUGAUCUUCAAGAUCUCUGCGAAAGAACUCAGAUGACCACCUUGCAGGUUAAAUCAUGGUUUGCUGAAAGGCUAGGGGAAGAAAGCAAAGCAGUAUCUGAUGCAAGUAGUGAGGGUCAGUCCCCAAGUGUUGGUGAUCCAACCAAUAGUCAGAAAGGAACUUUUGACACUUUUUCUGAAGUUUCUGAGAACAGUGAAUCUUGGGAACCUGGAGGUCAAGAUGGAAGCUCAGAAUUUGGAGACACAGAUAGUCAUCUGCCUGCAAUACAUUCUGAAAUGGAUUGAACCACCACUGCCUUCGCUCGAGCAGCCGGCCAACUUUGUAAGAACCUAGCAGCUGUGGGUCAUUCUGAAUCUUUGUUGAAGAUUGUAAUGCCAAGAUCAUCUUUUCGUGAAGCACAAUUUGAAUUUGGAGGUUGCAGGGAAGACGUCAAUAAAGAAAACUGUAAGGUUUGGGUUGGGAGAAAUCUAUUAUUCUGUUUUAUGAUUUAGGAGAGUGUUCGCCAGAUAUUCUCCUUCAGGCUCCAGUUAGUGGACUCUGUCUUUCGAACUUCAUAUUCAUAUGGAACCAGCUUGUUAAUGCCAGCAACCAGCCUUUCUCUGCAUUGGAUCAUGCACCUGAAACAUUGUGUUAAACAUUCUGUUCCCCCCCCCCCAUAGAAAUGAGCUAUCAUUUGUACAACAUAUUCUAAAUACUUUCAGUUCUUGUUCUCUGAAUGAUCCAUCUUUGCAUUUACUGUAUUCUCUUUACAUUUUAAUUUCUAGAUUUUGCAGAUUUUGAAAUUACAGUAAAAACCUCGAUCUAACAGGCCUUUUGAGCGGAAACAGUGGCUGUUGAUGCCUGAAUUGAUGUCAUUUGUGGUGGCUGUUGGUACCUAAUUUAUCGUUUAGCUAAUCUGCAGUAUUGGAAAUGAUGUGAAUGCAAUCACUUGCAGCAAAAUCACCAUUCUCAAGGACUGAAACCACUUUCCAUUGUAUCUAAAACUUAUCAGACUGAGAGCCAUAUUUGCUGUACAGAUUGCAGUCUAUGCUCACUUCCUCAAGAGUAAAUCCCCCCCAAAAAUCAAGCAGCUUCCUUACAUACAAUGGAGUUAUAUAUGUCACUAGAUAAUAUGUGACCUGUUGUGUCAUCCUUUGAAAGAAAGGUAGUACAGACUUGUAUGACCAGAAUAAGUAUUAAAUUUUAGCUUGAUCAUAUUUUUUUUUACCCCAAUGCUGGAUGGCUACAUGAUCAUUUAAGAAGAAAAUAGAAAAAUAAUUGUCGCUUCAAACAAACUUCAAUAAAUCAAUAUUUACUUAUCUAAACAGAUAGAUAUAAUGACCACAGGAGGGCGAAAAAACAGGGGUCUCAGGAACAACUUUUGACUUCCUGCCAUCUUCCCCAUUGACUUUGCUCACGGGAAGCUGGCAGAGAGUCAGAAAUCAUGAUCACGUGACUAUGGGGAAUUCAGCAAUAACACAACUUUGUAAAUAGAAUGGUCUGAAAUCAUGGAAAUUUCAAUUCCACGGGCUCUGGAUUAUUUUACACAUUCUUUAAGUUAAUAGAUUUAGGUACUUUGAUUUAAAAAACUGUAAGUGCACCAUUUGGGCUAACUUGAGUGUACAGACAAACAAACACAAUGAGAGUUUUAGUAGUAUAUACAUAGGGAAGGAUCUGGUGAAUAAUAUUUCUAGUUUUGUGCAUAAAAUUACAAAAUGAAAUUGGGUAACCAUAACAAUCUUCACCAAAUUUCAUCUGCAUAGACGCAAAUGAAUGUUUCUUUUAAUGCAUUCCAGAAACUAAAAGAGUUGAAAUUUAGGUCGUGUGUGUGUCUGUGUGUGUGAGAGAGAGAGAGAGGGAGAGAAAACAACAAAUCAUAAAAGUAAAAACACCCUUGUGGGUGUCAUCUAUUAGCAGAUGUUCAUUAAUCAUGAGCCCUGUAAGAUAUUAUGACUUGAAAAGCCACCCCUUAAUCCUCAAAUUUAAUUAUUAACUUUGCUUAAUUUUCAGGGUUGUAAAUGCUAAACUGUGACUGUUUUGUUAUUAAUUGCAAAUACAUUUAUUACUUUUAUCAAUAUUGUAACAGGAAACUGUAACCCCCUCAAAUAGCUGUGAUCAUGAAGGCAUUUAGUUUGCAGUAUACACAAUUUCUUUUUUUACAUACAGAUCAGAAUUGUAUUGGAUUCCAGCACGUAUCACAAGAGCGCUCUGUCUCUUUUUCUAACUUUUACUGCUUUUUCUAGCUAUUGAUAAGCUAGAAAAAAACAACUGAAAAGCUCCAAGCUUUGCUAAAUUCAUAACACACUCAAAUAUAUAUAUACUUGUAGUAGGCAUAUAUUUUUGUCUUCACUAUUCAUUGUUUUGGAAAGAUAAGAUACUGGGGCUAAUUACUGUUGGUAAGAAAUAUUUUAGAUGGUUCAUUUGGUGACAUUAAAUUUUCCCAGAGUUUUAUUGGGUAGAGCCUGGGAAACCUGCUUUCAGAACCAUCUCCUUGUGGUCUUCCAAAGACAGUGAGAAAUACAAGCUCUCAUGCAGGGGUUGUAUCUGGGAUGGAAUCUUAUCUGUUUUUCCCCAAAAGGUGAACUUGCCUAAAUCAACUUAUACAAAUCCUGGAAACUCUCCAAAUAUAUGUUCAGCCUCCAAGAUUCCCAGCAUGAUCAUUGUUGAGAAUUCUGGGAGUUAUAACCCACUUAUUUGAAUCUAGAAUAGUUUCCCCCCAUUCAGUACUAUUGGUUGGAGAAGAAGAGAGUUCUUUCUAAUCCAACCUACCUGAGGGCAUCAGAUAGGGAAACAUUCUUGUAUUUGUUCUUUUAGGAUGUUUGUCAAGAAGUCUUACUGCCCCUCAUGGCAUUAAUACCCAGGCUUAAGAUGUGUUCUGCAAACCUACAUGUGUAUUGUGUACAAUAUAUUAUUAGCCACUGAGUUCAGUUUAGCCAGGGAAUGUCAGGAUGGAAAUAAGUCUGCUAAAACCUAUUUAAAAGUUUUAAAAUGCUACAACUGAUGUUGCAACUUAAAAUGCAAAACCAGAAAGUGUGCAUCUAUGCACACGCACUGUUUCAGGUAUAAAAACUUGGUAUUCUUUCAUAUUUGAUGUCAUUCUCUCAAUCUGUCUUUCAAGGAAAAAAAAUCAAUUUGUUCAAAUGCAUUUUAAUUUGGCUUUCUCUAAUUGUGUAGAUAAAUCCAUAUGCUGAAAGAGGAAUAUAAUUGUAGCUCCCCCUCCAUACCAUGUUUAAAAGCUAUCCAUGGCUCACAGAUGUCUUUUUACAAAGGAGACUUGCAAUCUUGCCAUUUAUCCUUGAGAGAACCAAACUAGCAUGCACAUCGUUGAGAACAAAAAAAUAAAAAAUAAAAAAAUCAGUUGCUAAGACUGUGGGAAGGCUCCUGCAGAUUUCCUGUAAUGCAGAAGUGCCAAGAUCUACCUGUUACUUCUAUUGGCUUUUUUAAAAAUAAAAGUUACUUGUAGAGACUGAAAAUGACUUUUCUCAGAGCAAGUUACCCUGGCUAAUGGAUAGGAGCUGGAAUAGUAGGAGGUGGGGCCCAGUUUGGUUUUACAGGAAAACCAUCAGAGAACAACUACAGUCACUUCCACUGGAAUGACAACAGCGCUCGAGUUCCCAAAGGAAAAAGCAAAGUUGGUCAUUUCAGUGGAAUUGAUAGAGGAGCAGUUCUCUCUUUUCUCUCCAAACAUGCUGCCUUGUUUUCAAUAUAUACAUAGUAAAUACAUAUAUUCAAUUAGUUUAUUCAUAGCAUCCACAUUAAAAAAUGAUACGGAUGGCUGUUUAAUUGGAAACGCCACUCAACUCUUUGAGGAGAGCUUAGAGUUUGAGAUGCAUUUAAAGCAUUGCAAGCAUGUUCAAAAUAGCUCUCUCCAGAUUUUAUUCAAGGAGGGCAGCAUGGUGCUCAACCUGAUUUAUUUGAAAAACAAGAGCCGUUGAUAUUGGAACAACUCAAUUCCUCAUGUUAGUUGGAUCAGAGUGGCCAGGCUUUGUGACAAAUUUAACACCGUGUGCAUGAAUUGCAGGACACAAAUUUCUGCCCUGACUUUGGGCAGAACAGAUCAGAGUGACGAUAACAAACAUAAUUAAAUGGAUAUCUGUCUUACGGAAGUAUCAAAGUAUUUCUGGCAUAGGGAAGUGUGUCAUGUGCUUGUUUGUGAUAAAGUUGCUACCCAAUGGAAGUAAUAAAUCUGCAGUACAACCACUUACUUACAUGUAACUACUAGUUUUGAUCCUAAAGUAGUGCAGAGUCCAACAGUGGCACUGCCCUAGAUUGAAAUGCAGUCUGAUAACUUGGAUUCAUUGGAUACACAAAUGUACACAUUAUGAUCGAUAGGAUACAUUUAGUUGAACCAAUAACUUAUUUCUGACAUGUAUAUUCCAGUAAGCCCAUACUGAAGCCUCCCUUCACUUUCUGGAAUCUUUUUGUGUAUAGGUGAUACACUUGCAGUUAAAUUUAUCCAUUAAUUGUGAGCAUAUCUAUUGAUCAAUCAAUCAAUCUAACUAUAUUCAGGGGGAGUUGUACUACCAUGAUGGAGACUAUGCAGCUCAAUUUCAUUUAACAAACAAGCUUUGGAUAUGCAAGACAGCAUUAUUUAAUAGGAAAUUAGUAUCUAUGGUAAAUGCAUUACCUUGGUAUCUUUGCCUAGCAAAAAGUGCAGUUUUUGAAGCAGAAUUUUAAGGGUAGAUUUUGAUCUCUUAGUGGUUUUGCAGCAGCAUUUCUUGUCACAGGAAGCAACACCACAAUGUAUAAGGCUUUACAUAACAAGACCAAGUGUUGAAUUAGAUUUAAGUAUAUAAAGAGACUGGUACAGUGGUAGAUGAUUGUUUGCAUUUUGAAUAUUUUAGGUCAAUCCUUGGCAUUCUAAGAAGAGUUGAAAGACCCAAUCCACUACAUAACUAUAGGUAGUCCUUGCUUAACAACCAUUUGGCAGCUGUUCAAACUUACGAUGACACUGAACAAAGGGACUUACUUACAGUGCCUGAAAUUAUAGCCGUUGCAGCACCCUGUGGUCAUAUGAUUUAUGGGUUCUUGGAAACCUGUCCGAACUUAUUCCAAGAGUCCCACUAUGAUUGGCACUUGAAAUUUUCCCUGCCAACUUCCCCAGAAAGUCAAUGGAAAAGUCAGCAGGGAAGGUUGCAAGCUGCUGCUGGCUGCUGACACCACUCCCUCUGGUUCCUAAGGGGUUGGCUGAAAAAAAAGAUCCAUCGGGACCCGUGUUGGGACAGACCUAUUUAGCCAGCCUCUUUCAGAAUGGAAGGGCUGCCUGCCAGAUUGAUUUCACCCCAUGCAGGGCGGAGUCUCUUUGCUAAGCAGCCCUGUUGCUCUCAAAGAUACUGGCUGACAAGGUCCGGGCUGAAAGCCAUGUGGGAUUUUGGCACAAGGUGUUUGCACUAAGGGGUGUUUACAGGCAGGUUGGUCCAAGGGCCCCAUACUGCAAGUGCCCCAGAAUUUGCUUAAGAACCACAAUGACUUACGACCAAAAUUGUGGUAGUAAGUCAAAGAGUAGCAGAACAAUACUGCAAAUGAUAUUUGGCCAGCCUCCCUCAAACUUGUGCCCUUUCAACAGGGUAGAGUAUAGUUCUUAUGUUUCUGAGCCAACAGAACUGGAGGGCAUGUUGCAAUAAUAUUUUUAGAGUAUAAUGAGCUACAUUAGUUUGUAUUUAAAUUACUGUAAGUUCCCAGUUCAAGAGAACAUGAUUUUGGCUGGAAUAUGGAUAUGGUAGCUCUAUCCAAUCAAACAAAAGUUAAUUAUGAAAUAAACUGAAUCUUUGGUGCUAAUUAAUAUUAAUACCCAAUUAAUAACAAUUUUGUAUUGCAUUUGAUUCAUUAAAUUGAUUAAAUCAAUCAGAACAAAUAGAAGUUGUGGCCAAAAGGGCCUUUGCACAGGUACAUUUACUGUACCAGUUGUGUCCUUCCUUGGACUGGAGUUCUUCAAAUAGUCACUCAUCCCCUAGUUACCUGAUGAUUGGAUUAAUGUAGUACGCUUUACAAACGGAACUUUCUUUGAAGAUCUUAUGGAAGCUACAUAUGAUCCAGAAUGCAGUAGUCCAAACAGCAACAGGGGUGCUAUCUUAUAUGUAUGCGACUCAGAUGCUUCCUGGUUGUAACUUGGCUGCUGGGUUAAAUUCAAGAUGCUAAUUAUCAACUUUAAGGCCUUCAAGGCAUAGGCCUGGUUGAGGCCUCUUGUCUACAACUGUCUCUCUACCCACUAGGGACCCUCAGGAUGGGCUUGUUCUGGGUUUCAUCGUUUAAAGAAUAUCAUUUUGGGGAAUAAGGAAGCACACCUCAUCUGUUGUAAUUCCUCCUUUUUGGAAUGAUCUUCCCUCCAGAGAUUUUAGGAGGAUUUGCUCUCAUCCUUUUAGUUUUUCAGAAAAUCACUAAAAAUGUGGUUAUUCUCCCAGUACUUGGGAACAGGAUGAUUGUCUUUUGGUCUGGUUUUACUUUCUUUUGGUCUGGUCUGCUUUGGUUUUGUUCUGAUGUUUUUGCUUCUCCGUUUGGUGGUAUUUUUAUAUGUCAGAUUUUUAAAAAAAAUUUAACCGCCCAGAGUCACUCAGGAGUGAAGUAGCCUGUAUAUCAAAUAAAUAAAUGGGAAAGUCAGAUACUUUUUCAAGAACCAGUUUUUUUUUGUUUUCAUUUUUGUAAGACUAUUAAAAUGUUUUGGUUAGAAAUGUAUCUCUAGCUGAAAGCACUGUAAGAUUUUAGAAAGUAUAGACAUCCCAUUAAGGUUUGUGCUAAAUCUUAUGCUGUACAUUUCCUAAAAGCAAUAACCUUAACCUUCUCUCUGUUUCUAUCUCCCAUAUUUCACAAAUAGGAGAGAAGGUGCAGAGUAGGCGUUAAAAGCAUUUAGUAAGCCCAUUUACUGACUUUGCAAAUAAAUCAUACCUAGACAGUCUCAUUGGAGUUCCAGUAGUUUCAGUCCGAACCUUUAUGCUAUGGUAUCCUUCAUGAACCUGGUCAUUCAAAUGUAAUUAUUUGUAUUUAUUUUAAAAUAUUUUAAAUCAUUUGUUCUUAGAAUAAUUAGAAGUUAAAACAUAUGACAUAAUAACAUUUUUCAGUAAAACAUCUUUUAUGAGGGAAAGGAGGUACCGUAUAUACUCGAGUAUAAGCCGAGUUUUUCAGCACGUUUUUUGUGCUGAAAAACGUCCCCUCGGCUUAUACUCGGGUCUAUACGGCUUAUACUAGAGUUUUUUUUUUUUUUUUAAGCCCCUCGGCUUAUACUCGAGUAUAUACGGCUUAUACUCAAGUUUUUUUUUUCUUUUUUUCACAUUUUACCGGACGGAAGCCCUGCCGGUGCAGUGAGAGGGCGGGGCGGGGGAGCCGCCAGCCUUCUCAGCUGAGGGAGGGAGGGUUUCCCCAACCGGUAGGUGCCUCAUUUCCCACCCUCGGCUUAUACUCGAGUCCCCAGUUUACCCCAGUUUUUGGGGUAAAAUUGGGGACCUCGGCUUAUACUCGGAUCGGCUUAUAUUCGAGUAUAUACGGUAAUCAAAAACAGAGUUUCAUGGCAGAAGAACAGGUGUUUCAGAGGUAUGGGCCAGAAAAGUUUGCAUCUCCGCUAUUUGAGAAUUUUCAAAAUCUGAUCUUAGUAACAUUUCUCAUUAUUGCCUUGGUGAUCUAAUCAUCUUAAAAAGAGAAAGAUUCUGAUCUGAUUUGUACUGAGCAUUUUUUUCAAUCUAGUUAUUUUAUUAUUUUAUUUAUUUUUUAUUUCAUUUUUCAUUUUUAUUUUAUUUCAUUUAUUAUUAUUUUAUUUUAGUACUUUACUAUUUUACAUUUUAUUUUAUUUUAUUCUUUAUUUUAUUUUAUUAUUUAAUGAUCUAAAGCCAUACGAGACUAUAUUAGAGACAUGGCAGUGGUUGGCCCAUUGCUCCUUAUUUUAGAAGGGUCCAAAGUCAUAUGGAAACUGCAAGGUUCAUAAAGACUUUUACAUCAUGAUUUUCAUUAUUUAAUUUUAAAUGGAAAAAAAAUUCCACCUUCAUUGAGUGUUGGCAAUAUUUUACAUCAUAAUUACGCAGUGCAAAUUAUUAGGGGGACAUAUACAGCUUAAGAGUGAUAUAUCAGGAAAAAACACAGCUGGUGUAGUCGGGGAUAUACUAAGCAAGCCUGCCUCAGUAACUCCAAUAAUUAUGGUGUCGUUUUCACUAGGGCUGAGGUGAGAGCAUUCAUUUCAUCACCAUUUGGAACAGUUCUACUAGGUUGCUACUUGAGAAUACAACAGAGACAGUAAAACCUGGUGGUGGUACUUAAAGUUUAGACUACAUGAAAAUCACUGGAUGGAUUUUCUUCUGUAUUUUCUACUUUCUGGCCUACCCAGCCUUUCUCAAGCUGUGAGGUGAGGCACUACACAAUAUAAAUUGGCUCAAUUGUGACAUUCCAUAUGUCUCUCUUUUCAAAAGUUUCAAAUAUGAUACGUCUAGUGUUACACUCAGAGUCAUUGUGGGCCAUAUCUAAUUUGAAGCUGCUAUCCGGCAGAUCACACAUAUGCAGAGUUCCAGAUGUCAUUUUGCUAUCGUUUGAAACCUUGAAGGGGUUUUUUCUUGUCAUUUUCUCUCU